AUGAUAAGUGGAAUAGUUUUGGCUUUAGGUUUCUCUCCAAUGGUUAUGGCCAUUGAUCUUUUUGGUACUACCCAUAAAUUCAAUGCUGCUGAACUUAGCGAAAUGACUCUUAUAGAAAGAUUGAAGGUCCACAAUUGGGGUUUAGAAUACCUUACUCUUGGGUUUACAAUUGUUUUUAUUAUUCUCUUUAAGGCUGGUGAUGUCUAUAAUCAAUAUUUGACCACUUCUUACUUAAAAGGGUUAGGUGACGUUUUCAAGAAGAACUUCUUCCAAUAUGGUGUUACUGAAAAAGAGUUAUAUAUCAAGGAUAGCUCAGAAGAUUACUCGUCUUAUGCAACUGGAAGAAUAAAUAUUGCUAAGGUUAACAUUGAUAUCAAGUUGAAACCUAGACACAAUAUUUUUGUUUGGGUCCUUGAGUCUGUUAUGUCGUUUUUUACAGAUUCGGUUGUUUAUCCUACUGAUAAAGUUAAUAUUGAAAUCACUCCUUCACCUGAAGCAAACUUGGACAAUUUCAUUUCUGCUGUUGUCUCUAAGCUUGGUAUGAAUGAUUUCAGAAAAUUCAAUUAUUUCUUGUCUUUAACCAGAACUUCUGAUUCUGCUAAUAUCCCAGAAUCAUUUGUGUUGAUGAGUGAAGCGAACGAAUUUCAAGAGAAGACUUUGACUCCAGAAUUGAAGAAGGCUUUAACUUUGCAGGCUGCUUCUUUCUUAAAAUUUAUUGCUAUCACCGAUCAACCAAUUGAAAGACCAGAAACAAUUGCCGAGUGUGCACCAAAGCAAAGAAUUCUUAUUUCAACCACUUUAACUAGUAAUGGUGAUCAGUUAGCUCAACUUUCUGAAAUAUUAGCUGCUAUUUUCAAUUUAGUCGAUCAAUUAGCCUCUAAGCAGAUUACCUUUAAAUCCGAUGCCUUAAAGAAAAUCGUGAAGACAAGAGAACUCGAAAUUUCUAAGAUUAAGAAGGUCUUAGAUGAUGUUAAACAAGAAGAAUUAGCUGCUGAAAAGGCCAAGUUAAAGAGAGCUGAAAGAACAAACUUGAGAAAUUUGUCCAGAGAAGAACAAAUUAAGCUUGAGAAGAAAGAGGCUGAAAAGAAACAAAGAAAAGCUCAAAGGAAACAACGGGUUAAGAUGUGA